UGAGAGACGCCGGUUUGCAGAGUUUGGCAUUAAAGUCCGGAUUUACACCGCAGUGCUGCUGCUGCUCAGCCUGAGUUUGGACACUCAUGUACUGGAGAGAUGAACAAACGGUGGAAGAGCUCAAAACGGCCACCAAAAACACAGGCUCAACUCAAGACCUCUUUGAAGAAGUGUCGUGCUCUUCUUCCUCCUGCUUGUCUCCCACUGCUGCUUCACCACAUGCCAUGACCGAGAAAGCCAUCUGCACCAGCUGUGGGACUGAAAUAGUGGACAAAUACCUGCUCAAGGUAAACGACAUGUGCUGGCACGUGAGGUGCCUCUCGUGCAGCGUGUGUCAGACCUCGCUGGGCAGACACAUCAGCUGCUACAUUAAAGAGAAGGAGAUUUUCUGCAAACUCGACUACUUCAGGAAAUAUGGAACUCGUUGUGCUCACUGCGGCAGGAAUAUCCAUUCGAACGACUGGGUCCGUAGAGCCAAAGGAAAUACCUACCACUUGGCUUGUUUCGCCUGCUUCUCCUGCAAGCGGCAGCUUUCUACAGGAGAGGAGUUUGCCCUGGUGGACGAGCGGGUGCUGUGCCGCGUCCAUUAUGACUGCAUGCUGGACAACCUCAAACGGGCCAUGGAGACUGGAAAAGGAGUGAAUGUAGAAGGAGCCGUGCCGUCAGAACAGGAGGUAAACCAGCCCAAGCCGGCCAAAAGAGCACGAACAAGCUUCACUGCUGACCAGCUACAGGUAAUGCAGGCUCAGUUUGCUCAGGACAACAAUCCGGAUGCUCAGACACUGCAGAAACUGGCCGAGAGGACCGGCCUCAGCCGCAGAGUUAUUCAGGUUUGGUUCCAGAACUGCCGGGCCCGUCAUAAGAAACAUGUGAGUCCCAACCACUCGUCCACUGCUCCGGUCUCAUCUCUGCAGCCUAGCAGGCUCUCCCCUCCUCUGAUGGAGGAGCUGCAGUACACAGCAUUCGCCCCAGUGGACGCUCCAAUGCUCACAACUCUGCACUCUUACAUGGAUGUUCAUUCUCCGACAUCGCUGGUGUUCCAGCCUCUCCUGCCCCAUUCAAUGACACAGUUGCCAAUCAGCCAUGCCUGAGACACAAACCCCACCCACUGCAGCCACUCUACCAAUCAGGUUAGAGUACAGAGGAAAGCGUGACGGAAGUUUUCAUCUGCUAUUGACUGAGUCUUGCACCAAGACCCAUAAUAUUCUGUCUUUUCAUGGGCACAUACUGAAGGAUGUCUAUCUCGCAAUGGUCCAAGAAAAAGAUUUUGAUGUAAUUGUGAAA